CCGUUGUUUUAAAGGUAGCUAGCCAAGGCAUUCUGAAUCAUAUUUCCGCUACAUAUAUCCCUCAGUAUAAAAUGUGGAAACUCUUCAGUUCAGUGCGAAAGUGGAUCAGAAACUACAUCUACUUUUCCAAGGCUACCUCAUGCAUCCGAGGUCUGGUCUUGAGCCAUAGCUACGUGAAACAUGCGAUAAUAUCUGUAUUGAUAAUGUACAUCACGAAAGAAUUAUGGAAGCCGAUCGAGCCAAACGAUUCCGAUAGCUUUCAGCAGGCUGCUGUUGCUAUAAAUGUGCUGAAUGGGAUAUCAGGUAUCCUGGUGUGUGUCCUUGCUUUCAUCACUAACACCGUCGGUCCUUUUGAGGUGAUUGCGUCCACAAAUGCUGCCUAUCUUCUUGGACUGGUACUCUUAUUGAGAUUAUCGAUACAUCUGGACGACGACAAAGGGAGCCACCUGGGCCAUGCAUCUGAUAAUUAUGUAUUCUUCGGAGCGGGCUUACUGCUAGCAUUAGGCGAGGCUGGACGGUCGGCUGGUUUGAGUAAAUUUCUCGACGACCAAUAUUUGAGUGAAGCAGACUACAAGAUCAAAUUACCCGAAACAAGUAGUGCUGAAGAAAAAGAAGAAGAAGAAGACACGAAAAAACGUGUAGAAAGCCGUCAAACCGCUAUGUGGAACCAGCCCUGGUUCAUUGGUGCAGCUGCACUUGCACCUCUUGCCCUUGUAAUUGAACCUUGGCCAGAUCGCCUGCUAGUCUCAGUGGUCGCAUUGGAAGUUUCUUACUUAUUGUUCUGGUCUGGAGUCUUCGCGUAUUCCAGAAAUGUUAGAAAUGAAUCAAAUGAUCCAGCAGUUGAAGAUGCACCAAGAAGUACUGGACUCUCCCAAGCCUUCAAAAGUCUCUCUCCAUCUAAAGAAACAGCUCCAAGCUGGAAGUUUUGGCUCAAACCCGUUUCCAGAAAACGUUAUUACAAAGAAAUGCUAGUCAUGUGCCUAGCCUUCGUAGUAUACAGUCUGGUGGAGGCAACGGGAAGCACCUUUUUUUUCAAACAAGUGAGUCAACUGAAGGGUACCAAUAUUGGGAAGCUUAAGAUCCCCCCCUUUUAUUUUUCUAUGCUCAAAUCUUUGUCAAGCUUUCUGAUCUCAUAUCUUUGGAAAUUACUAGUUCCGAAACAGUCAAAACGUUCUACGUUGGUCAAGAUCGGUUGUGGUUUAGUUUGCUCGGUGCUGUGUAUGGUUGCUGCCUGGCAAGUGGAGAUUCAUAAAAAUAGGAGAACUAAGAUCGAUCCUGAAAUUUCCAUGAGCAAUUUAUGGUUAAUUCCGCAGUUUUCCUUGUUAGGGUUUACGAAAGGGUUAGCCGCAGAUGGACUGGUGGAUUUUUUUGCGGAUCGAGUUGAUGCUGAUGGUAAGAGAAAGGCGAUGUAUUAUGGAUCCUGCGCUGGUAAAUUAGUCCUGGGUAUUGGAACACUACUAACCGCCGUUAGUAUUGUCGGGUUUAGAAAAACUUUGUUGGUUGAUGAUUUAAACACGAAUCGUCUGGAUAAGUACUACAGGGGAGUAGUAUUCAUUGGAGUUGCUAACCUUUGCUAUUACUUUUGCGUUGCUGUUUACUUUUAUAGAAAGCAGGAUGAUAACGCGCAAGUGUGUUGUGAACCAGAUGGAAAUGAACAAAGUGAAACCUCGUUCAAAAACAAUAAAUAUCAUGACCAGGAUGUAUCCUUAAUAAGUGUUCGGGAGACUCCAACGAAGUCGAGUUUUAAUUGUUGUGCUAUUUUCUUUUGAUCGUUCAUUACUGAUUGGUAGAUACUUAAUUAGUUUGUUUAUGUCGAGAACAGUGUA